CUCACCUGGGCCAGCCUGUGCCCCAUGCAUCGGUCGGCCUUUGCGAUAAAACAGCUUGAGCUGCACCCCAUUCAUUAUAACUUCAUCACAGACGCAAUAAUCAUCGAAAAUGGCCCGCACCAAGCAGACUGCCCGCAAGUCCACUGGCGGCAAGGCGCCCCGCAAGCAGCUGGCCACCAAGGCCGCUCGCAAGACCCCCGCCACCGGCGGUGUGAAGAAGCCUCAUCGCUACCGCCCCGGUACCGUGGCGCUGCGCGAGAUCCGCAAGUACCAGAAGUCGACUGAGCUGCUGAUCCGCAAGCUGCCGUUCCAGCGCCUGGUGCGUGAGAUUGCCCAGGACUUCAAGACCGACCUGCGCUUCCAGAGCCAGGCCGUGCUGGCGCUGCAGGAGGCCGCUGAGGCCUACCUGGUGGGCCUGUUCGAGGACACCAACCUGUGCGCCAUCCACGCCAAGCGUGUGACGAUCAUGCCCAAGGACAUCCAGCUGGCCCGCCGCAUCCGUGGCGAGCGCGCGUAAGCGUGCUGCCGCCUGGGCUGCGCUUAACCAAAAAA